AAUGGCAUAUUAGUCCCUCUCCCUUCAAAAGGAUUCAAGCUUUGGACAUGGACAUGCUCCAGUGCUUGUUCUGGCCUUUCUGCUCCCCUUCCACAGAAGUAUUGGCCCGCCAAAAGAAUAAAGCAUCAGUGAUCUCUCUCCUUUCAGACGUUCUUAAAACAAUGGCAUGCCAUGAAAGGAAUUGCCAGGCUUCAUAUCAUGAAGAGUGUGGUCAUUUUAGCGCUGAUAUCAGGUUCAUCUUAUUGCAAAGAAUAAAUUUGUUGAAUGGAAUGAAAGGAGCAGUAAUAGUCAUGGUGGUGCAGGUAUUCUUAAUAUAUUAUGCCACGGCUGCUAAAGGUUGUGGAGCUGUGCUGAAUGAUGAACUCUACAACAGCACGCACGAUCUAUCAUCAUUGUUCUGCUUGUGCAGGGGGGAAGCAUCAGCGUGUUGCAUCCCAUUCAUUGGGCUUCUUCAGAUAAUUGAGCUUCGGCCGAUUCGGCUACUUCCACUAGCUGAAGACUGGAUGAAGUGGAUGACUAAUCAGACCAUCCAUGAUCAUGAUUUGGGCAUCAGACCUUGA